AUGAAUUUCUCAGCCCCUACCGCUCUUGCUCUGUUCGCUUUUGCCGCUCCGGCUUUGCCAAAGACUAUUGGCGAGUGUGAUAGAGAGAAAAAGGUCGUCGGUAUCGGAAUCUACACGAAUAAGAAAGAUCCUGAAAUCUCAUGCGUCUUUUUCAAGGACGCGGACUGCAAGGGAGACAAGUGGAUUCUUGAGACUAAGGACUCGGAGAAGAUCCAGAAGCUCAGCAAGCCGUUCUAUGUCGCCAGCUUCAAGCCCAAAAUGAAAUUCUCUGUCCCCUCUCUCGCUUUGAUUGCCUUUGUUGCCCCGGCUUUGGCCCAGGUGGUGCCAGCUUCGGUCGAUAUAGAUUACCACUCCGGCUAUGAUAGAUACCAAGGUCGCGGUGGCGAAUGUACGACUUCCAAAGCUCCAGAGAAAGAUGUCACAAGUAUCAACAUCUCUGCAUUCGCACCAGGCCCCGUCACUUGCGACUUCUACACGGGAGCGCACUGCGAUGGAGACAAGUACAGUCUCACAACUAAGGGAGGAAUCAAGGGGCAGCAAUUCAGCAAGCCUUUCAAAGUCGGUAGUCUGACCUGUUCCGCAUAG